CUGCAGUCAAAGGUUACGAAGGAAGGAAGAUGGCGAACUUUGCAGAGGUUGUGAGGUCAGUGCGGCAGGUGUUUAGAACAGGACGCACCAAAACCUACGAAUGGCGAUACGCACAGCUGUCGGCCAUGUUGAAGAUGCUGGAUGAGAACAAAGACCGGAUGACAGCAGCUCUGAAGAAGGACCUGAACAAGAACAAGAUAGAAUCGUUGAUCUUUGAGUUCAACCUGUGCCGUAAUGAGCUGAUUCUUACCAUGAACAACCUUAAAGAGUGGAUGAAGCCAGAGAAGGUGAAGAAGGAGCUGAUGAAUGUUAUGGACAAGUGCUACAUCCAGCGAGAACCUCACGGCUUGGUGCUGAUUCUUGGAGCAUGGAACUACCCCGUCCAACUGACCAUCCUGCCAAUGAUCGCCUCCAUAUCUGCUGGGAACUGUGUGAUUGUCAAACCUUCAGAAAUGUCAGAGCAGACGGCCAUCCUGCUGGAAGAGAUUGUGCCCAAGUACUUUGAUAAUGAGUGUGUCAAGGUCAUUAAUGGUGGCAUCCCUGAGACAACAGGCCUGCUCCAGGAAAGAUUUGACUACAUCUUCUACACCGGCAACAACGUUGUUGCUAAGAUAGUGAUGGCAGCUGCUGCUAAGAACCUAACUCCUGUUACGCUGGAACUGGGAGGGAAAAGCCCUGUGUUUGUUGACCGGAACUGUGACUUGACAACAGUUGCCAGGAGACUCGUCUGGGGGAAGUUUGUCAAUGCCGGACAGACAUGUAUCGCUCCUGAUUACGUCAUGUGCCAAUCAGAUGUCCAGGACCCACUUAUUGAGGAAAUGAAGAAAGUGCUGGUUGAAUUCUUCACUGAAAAACCAGAGCAGUCCGACAGCUAUGGUCGCAUCGUGAACGUCAGACAUUUCAGGCGUGUGGAGAAGCUGUUGACAGGGGUAAAGGUAGCUGUGGGUGGUGUCACGAAGGAAGAGGAGAGAUAUAUCUCCCCCACAGUUGUUCGCGACUGCAAGCUUAGUGAUGCCGUCAUGCAGGAAGAGAUAUUUGGACCUGUCCUGCCCAUCUAUGUUGUGAAAGACGACAAGGAGGCGUUAGACUUCAUCAACGACAGGGAGAAGCCGCUGGCCAUGUACAUAUUCUCCAGAAACCAGCGCAUCAUUGACAGCUUUGUCCAAAAUACCAGCAGCGGAGGCAUGUGCAUCAACGACUGCAUCAUGCAUGCAUCCAUGCCCUCUCUGCCAUUCGGAGGUGUCGGCCACAGUGGGAUGGGAGCAUACCACGGGAAGUUCUCGUACGACACCUUCAGUCACAGGAGAUCCGUGAUGCAGAGAGACCUCAAACUGGACUCAGUUAAUGCAAUUCGAUAUCCCCCAUACACAGAGAAGAAGUUUGGCAUCAUCAACUGGUUGACGAAGAAGUCUGUGAAGAAGACCGGGAUCAUGUCCUUCUUUCCCCUGGUCUUGUUUGGAGCUGUCUUAGCCUUCUUUCUCAAGGCUGUUGGAGUACAAGCAGGAUGGCCGACCCUCAAGGAACAAUAGAUGGCUACACCCGAGUCAGAUUCGAGUCCCUUUGGAACAUAACACGGAGGGACAAUAGAUGUCUGAAAAAUAGCAUCAACGAGAACCACGAAUAAUAUUUGAUCAGUCACCAAAUGUUUCUUUUUGUAAAUAAGUCAUUAAUACUACCGAAUUGAACACCAACCCAAGGACUUUAAGAGCAGCUAGGUUCUAUCUCUAUCUCAGGUCACUAACUCAUAAUGUAUGUCAGACUUAUGAUAACGUCGUUAUACAGCAAGUCAUAUUCACUCAAGGCGCUAAUGACAAUGUCUUGUACAAGACUCUCGUCUUUAAGAUGUGAUAAUGUCCAGGUGUUGCAUAAGUACAAUCUCAAGAAAGGUAGUUUACUCUGUGUGUGAUGACUAUUUAGGAGAUAAACAUCAUGUGUUGGCCAAUUUCCGGGUGUUAUUGAGUAUUUGAAGCACAGGAAUUCAAUUGGAACCGACGGCGUUAGCUGGGCAAUCGUCAGUGACGGCAUCUACAAGGUAAAAUUAACACCUUGUUAUGGUAUUCCUUGAACAAGGAGCAUGGUAGACCAGGUCAUGCGGAGUUGCUUCCCUUCGUCAUGCCAGGAAUCUGUGAUUCUGGGUUUGUCAGCCAUGGGUUUCAGCAAAGUGGUAAACUUCCAACCCUGCAUCUCUUUGAGUUUCUGUAUUAGGUCAAGCUGAGGUGCCUUGGCAUGAUGGUAAUACUGGUCAGUGUGGUGUUAAACUUGUCUGACUUACUAUAUUGGGAUGUGCGUGAUGAUGCUUGGAUUAAGUCCAACAGGACAUUUGGAUCUUUAAUGGACAUCUGGCGGUCUCUAUUAACAGAAUAGAGUGAGUUUAGUUUUACACCGCACUCAGCAAUAUCCCAGCUAUAUGGCGGCGGUCUGUAAAUAAUCGAGUCUGGACCAGACAAUCAAGUGAUCAACAGCAUGAGCAUCGAUCUGCGCAAUUGGGAACCGAUGACAUGUGUCAAUCAAGUCAGCGAGACUGACCACCCGAUCCUGUUAGUCGCCUCUUACGACAAAACAGAAUAGAACUUGCAAGAUAGGUAUUUUUGUUAUUUGAUGUGCAUGUUUUUGUGCUAGAUGCACUUGUUAAUUUUUCCAUUUAAUAAACACUGGAGGCAUUGUGGGAAAUCAUAAACCAUUUCAUUUUAAAACGUAAUUAAUUAUAAUUAGCAGUAUUUAGUUUUUUAGAAUAUUUUAAGUUUGUUUGAAAAUUGUACACUGUAUCUGUUACUGUGCUAUUUCAUUGGUAAAUUGAUACAAAUGUAUUUUCCUACUUCCGAACUUGCAUUCCACUGGUUUCAUCAUGCAGUGUCAUGAGAUUAGGCUACAAGAUGCAAUUACUGUGCUGCAUCCUAUGCACAAUAUUUAUUUUGACUCCUUGCUAUACAGAACUACAGGCUGUAGAGACCGGUCAAAGAGACCAGCGACACAGAGGUACAGUACUGACAGCUGGAAAUUGUCCAUCAUAAAGCUGAUAUGCCAUAAUA